AUGUCUAACACCGACGGAACUCCAACUACCACUAACGCCUCACUCACCGUCAAGAAACCGCCGUCAAAAGACCGUCACAGUAAAGUUGACGGCCGAGGCCGCCGUAUUCGCAUGCCAAUCAUUUGCGCCGCACGCGUCUUCCAACUCACGCGCGAAUUAGGUCACAAAUCCGAUGGUCAAACCAUCGAAUGGCUCCUCCGUCAAGCCGAACCUUCCAUCAUCGCCGCCACCGGAACUGGCACCACUCCGGCGAGUUUCUCAUCUCUCUCCGUUUCCCUCCGUGGCUCCAACAAUUCUCUCCCCUCUCCUUCCUCCACUUCGCUCGACCAUAAACCGCUUCUCUCUCCUUCUCCUUUCAUUCUCGGGAAACGUAUACGCACCGAUGACGAUUCGUCUUCUCCGUCGGGUAAAGAGGAUGCUCUUUCUGUUGCUUCUCUUUCUACACCGGCUGCUCUUUGGGCGUUACCUGCCCGGCCUGAUUUUGGUCAAAUUUGGAGCUUCGCUGCCGCGGCUGCUGCUGCUCCUCCACCGGAAAUGAUGGUUCAGUCUUUGUCUCAGCAGCAGCAACAGCAUCAAGCGAAUUUCUUCGCUCAUCAUCAUCAUCAGCAACAGCAGCAACAAGCUAUGGGAGAAGCUUCGGCUGCUAGAGUUGGGAAUUAUCUUCCUGGACAUUUGAAUUUGCUUGCUUCCUUGUCUGGUGGACAUGGAAAUUCCGGUCGGAGAGACGAUGAACAUCAUUGA